AUGAUUAACGUAAAACUGUGUGUUUUGAGCUUGAUGAUAACCCUGGCUUCUUGCCAAACGUCGAAUUCAGGAAAAACUGCAGAACCCAGUGGAAGAUCAAGACAAGUCCAAGGCGAAGGUCGUUUCUUUCCUCCGUUUGUCGGUGGCUUCGGAGGAUUGGGUGGAUUUAGACCCGGAGGAAUCUUUGGGGGCGGCUUAUUUCCGGGUGCAUAUCCAAGACCAGGAUUAUUCGGAGGAUACUAUCCAGGGGGAGGUUACCGUCCAGGUGGAUAUCGUCCCGGUGGAUACUAUCCUGGGGGCUAUCCAGGUGGUUACGGUGGCGGCGGCGGCGGUGGUUAUGGAGGCUAUCCACAGUACCCAAGACCUGGUUUCGGAAAUCGCCCUUACAACGGAUUUGGUGGAGGAGCUGCUGCAUCUCCCAGUAACAAUCGACCAGGAUCCGACAAUUCAAACAUCAAUAAUCGCCCGAACGCAACUCCAAGUCUAGGCAAUCUGAGUCCAAUGCAAGCGGCACUUCUUGGUCAGGCAUUAGGUGCUACAUUGCGACCGCUAUUAGCAGCGAAUGGUGGUGCUGGUCUUGGUGCCGGUCAAGGCGACUCGGGUUCUGCGAGUUCACUGGCAGAUAUUCUCGCUCAACUUGGUUAA